CACCGUCAGGCCGCGCCUGCGCGGGGAGGGUGAUGGCGGCGGCUGGGCUCCGCGGUGUCCUCUGGCAGCGGGCGGCCGCCCGGCUGUGGGCCGUGCGGGCUGCCGUGGCGGCGCCCCCUGGGGCGAGGGCGGCCUCGGAGAUGUCCAAAGACAUGAUGCCAGGGCCAUACCCCCGAACACCAGAGGAGCGCGCAGCCGCCGCAAAGAAGUACAACAUGAGAGUGGAAGACUACCAGCCCUAUCCCGAUGACGGCUUCGGAUAUGGUGACUAUCCCAAGCUCCCUAAUAAGUCUCUUCAUGAGAGAGACCCUUGGUACCAGUGGGACCAGCCAGAUAUGAGGCAUAACUGGGGAGAGCCGAUGCACUGGGAUUUUGACAUGUAUAUUCGGACCCGUGUUGAUACAUCCCCCACUCCAAUUCCCUGGCACACCAUGCGCAAUCACUUCCUUCUCUUUUUGGGUACCAUGCUGGUCAUGUUUGUUCUUGGAGGGAUCUAUCCAUCUUACAGGCCCGUGGGACCGAAGCAAUACCCCUUCAAUGACCUGUACCUGGAGAGAGGAGGAGACCCCAAUAAAAAGCCACCAGAGGUGAUACACUAUGAACUCUGAAAGUUGAAGCACUGUUUCUCCUGUGUCAGCUCUCCUGGGGCUGACAUCUUCUCCAGUGGUCACUGUGGCAUGCAUUGAUGCUUGUUCUUCAACAUUCAACAGCUAACUGCAGUGAAAUAUAUUGAUGAUACCUACUGCGUAGUUGUCUUCUUUUGGUUUGAGAAGCCUAAACAAUGGCCAAAGAAAUUGAAUGACCUUUUCAGUUUUUCUAAACAGGCUAGUAUCUGUAGGGCAAAGUUCUGAGUGCAGUCCUAGGACUGCUGUUGGCUUAUGUAGCUUGUAUACUAACAUGCCUUAGCUAAGCCUGUUUAUGUAGCAGAUACUGCCUGUUACCAAGUGGUUUACUGCAGGUGCUGUUUGGAAUGGAACUCAAGUGUUGUUGCUUAAUGUGAGAUGACAGGCAGAACCAGACUGGCAAAUGCCAGUGCUUGGGAGUCUCCUACUGUCUGU